UCUCCCCACACUCUCCCCCCUCAUCCCAAUUCCUCUCCACUCCUCCCAUGGCCAAUCCCGUCGAAUCCACCGCCGCCGCCGCCUUCGCCGCCUCCGCCGCCGUGAAGUACAAAGGCGUAAGAAAGCGCAAAUGGGGCAAAUGGGUUUCCGAAGUCCGGCUUCCCAACAGCCGGGAGAGAAUCUGGCUCGGCUCCUACGAUUCCCCCGAAAAGGCCGCACGAGCCUUCGACGCCGGCAGUUUCUUACUCCGCGGCCAUCGCGCCAGUCUCAAUUUCCCGGAUCAGAUUCAGGACAUCUCCAUGUACUGCAGUCGCUUGAACCCGACGUCGCAGCAGAUACAGAUCGCCGCGGCGCGCUACGCCCAUGCUGACUAUCCGGCGCAAUCUCAGCCUUCGGAGCAGCCGGUUUUGCAGCCUGCGGAGUGCUCUCCGUCGCCAUCGCCGUCGCUUUCUCCUGCGGCGAAUCAUUGGGAGUAUAUGGAUCAGUUGAUUUCACCUACAGUUAUGGGGAUUCAUGAUUUUUCUUCUUACGAUUUGACUAACCCGAGUGAGCAAUUUGCGCAGAUGGAUUUGGAUGCGGAGAACUGUUACGAUUUUGUUCGAAGUUCAGAUCUUUGGGAAUUUUGAUGGCGGAAUUUUUUUGCCCUGGGGAAGAGGAAAGUUGGAUUUUUGGGGGAGUUUUACUUGAAUGGGAGUGUUAAA